AUGAAAUUUAAUUUAACAUCUAAUUAUCAACAACAAAAUCACUACGAAAUCGAAAGGAAAUUCAAAUUUGACCCACAAAAACUCGCACAACUCGAGACAAACAAUGGUCCAAACAAAUUCGACUCUUUGAAAUUUCUUUCUAGAAAAUCAUUUACUGAUAUUUAUUAUGAUAAUCAAGAUUCCAAUUAUCCAUUAACAAGUCAAGAUAUUUGGUUGAGACAGCGUGAUAACAAAUGGGAAUGUAAAACGCCAAUGAAUUUAACGAAUUCAAUGGACUCAUAUCAUGAGCUCGAAACCGCCAACGAGAUCAGUGAUUUUCUAAAGCGUACACUCUUACCCAACAAGAACAUUAUUGCGAAUGCUACAUUAUCACCGGAAUUCUUAUUCACCACCUAUAAUCUUACACCCUUCUGUAAAAUUCAUACCACACGUGAUCGUUACCUCAUCAACGAAGAGUUCACAAUGGAUUUGGAUAAAGCAGAUUUCGGACACUACGUUGGCGAGAUUGAAUUAAUUGUCGAAUCAAAAGAUGAGGUUAAUGAGGCGGAAAAAAAGAUCGCAUUAUUUAUGAAAGAGAACGAUUGGUUUUUUGAUACGAGUGAGAUUGCAGUGAGUAAAUUGAUUGCAUAUAUUGAAAAUUUUAAUCGAAAACAAUGGGCUUAUCUGGAAGAUUCCGGUGUUUUAGGGAAAAAACUGAAUCCGGAAAGAUUAAAUGGCAAGUUAAACAAGGCAGAAUCCUAUUAUCAAACAAGUUGUCAGUGA